AAAAUAACACACGCGGAGUUCUUAGGCUCUAUCAUCUUCAAGCCUCAAGUUGAAAGACGGUCUCUCUUUUCUCUGUGAAUUUUGUAGGGUUAGGGUUUUAAGGGUAAAGCAUCCUCCAACAUGCAAUACAUGGAUCCAACUAAGAAACGCAAGUUAGAUGAAAACGGUACUGUUUCAGCGCUGUCGGAACCUGACCCUAUCACCAAACUAACCCCACAAGAUGGCCGCAAACUUAUUGAGCGAUUCACCGUCGACCAACUCCUCGACAUCCUCCAAGACGCCGUUUGUCGUCACGUCGACGUUCUUUCAGCCGUUCGAUCUAUUGCCGAUCAAGAUCCGUCUCAACGGAAGCUCUUCAUACGUGGGUUGGGUUGGGAUACCACAACUGAUGGCCUUCGUUCACUCUUUUCGGUCUAUGGAGAACUCGAAGAAGCGGUUGUUAUCCUCGACAAGACUACCGGGAAAUCGAAAGGGUAUGGAUUCGUUACGUUUAAGCACGUAGAUGGUGCUUUGCUUGCUCUUAAAGAACCCAGUAAGAAAAUCGACGGGAGAGUCACCGUGACACAGCUGGCGGCGGCGGGGAAUUCGGCGACGAAUAGUAACCCGGUGGAUAUUCAUAUGAGGAAGAUUUAUGUAGCCAAUGUACCGUAUGAUAUGCCGGCGGAUAAGUUAUUGGGCCAUUUUGCUCAGUAUGGGGAAAUAGAAGAGGGGCCCUUGGGGUUCGAUAAGCAGACGGGGAAAUCAAGGGGUUUUGCUCUUUUCGUUUAUAAGACAGCAGAAGGGGCUCAGGCAGCGUUAGCGGAGCCUGUAAAGAACAUUGAUGGGAGACAAAUGAAUUGUAAGCUGGCUAUUGAAGGGAAAAAAGGGAAGCAAGGACAAGACGGGAUGAUGCAAAGUGGCGGUGGGGUUCCGGGAAACGCAGAGAUGGGAAUGGGAGGACAUGGUGGAGGAUAUGGUGGGCCGGGUGGUUACGGUGGGUUUUCAGGGGGGAUGCAAGGGCCGCCUGGUCCCAUGGGUCAUCCUCAUCCCUUGAAUUCAUCAGGAGUUGGAGUGGGCGCUUUGAGUGGAAAUGGCGGUGUUGCUGCUGGGGGUUAUUCUGGACUUGGUGGGCCGUAUGGUGGGUAUGGUGGACCAGGUUCAACUGGCUAUGGUGGACCAGGAUCAGCUGGUUAUGGCGGACCAGGUUCAACUGUUUAUGGUGGGUUGAGUGGUGCUGGUGCAGGGGGUGGGUUGGGUGCUGCAAGUGGAGGGUCUUCAUUGUAUAGAAUGCCGCCGAGUUCUGCUGGGAUGCCAACUGGUGGUUAUCCAGAGACUGCUCAUUAUAGCUUGUCUUCCUCGGCUGCUUUCCCUAGUCAGCUUCACCAAGGGGCUGGGACAUCCCCUGCGCCAAGAGUUCCACCCGGUGCAAUGUAUCCCAAUGGGCCACCGUUCUACUGAGGUUUAUGACAGCUUGUUGGGCGCAGAUGCUUUUUGUGGUUCUGGUGAUUGCCUGAAUGCAGACUAUAUAUACUCUGGCUUGAUGAAUGCAUUAGCUGGGCUCUUACAGCCACUUCUCUUGAUUUGCUCCUUUAAGAUGUUUGUUUCUGAGUGCUGGUUGGCAAAACAUGUGAUCUAGACUAGUUUUUCUGUGUUCCGUUAGGAACUCUUGUUCCAGUGGUACCUUUUAGUUAUUAGUAUAUUUUUUUAAUAAUACAAGUAGUGACAGUUUUUUGCCUAUUUUUGCCAGUAUCCGUGGUUGUUGCUUCAUCUCCUCUACUUGGAAGUUUAUUUUUUUCUUGGUUGAUAUCAUUGUUCUUAUUGAUUUUCUAUUAGGUACUCUGGUGUACUAUACUAAAAACAGACAUGCAGCUUAUUUUUUGAAGUUAAAUGUAGUUAUUUAUUUUGCUGUAUAAAUUAAUGGGCUGUAGAGAAUCUCUCUCCCAGAAAAGUGUUACUUGACUGUUAUUUUGCAUAAAGUCGUAACACCAUUUUCUAAUGUCAACUUUUGUGUUCUUGUUACACUUCUGCUGUACUUGGCUUAAUUACGUGUUAAAGUUGCCAGCCAAAGAUGACUUCAAGCUUAUUGUGUCAUCAAAUUAUCAUAUAAAUGCGAGAGUUUUGGUAGUGUUGACUCUCCUCUCCACCUGAUAUUUGACUGAUGUACUUUUUUCCUCCAAGUGGAGUAUUUCUCUUCUCCUUGUUGUGUAUAAAAUUUGUAGAACGCCCAAAUAUCAUGGACUUCUUGGGUGGGUUCUUGUUUCAGUUAUGAACCUAAUGAUGUGAGAGCAAGUAUUUCAUUAAGCAUACCAGUAAAUUGUCAGUUGCUUCUUGAUCUGGUGCUGCUAUAUGUUGAGUGUUGGUGUACUUAAUCAGCAGUUUGCUUGUAUAAUCUGUGUAGUUUUUUCCCCUUUUUUGGACUUGCACAUGGACUCUUUCUGUGUACCACUUCAUUGGCAACAUAAACCGAGUCCCUCUCUCCUAUCUGCCGCAAUGUUCUUUGUUGACAUAUUUCUUUUGUUCAGUGGGGUUUGGACUGUGUGAUCGCUAUGCAUUAGAGCUAGUAUCUUGAUAGGUUUUGUGGAUAUGGCCGGUUGAAAAGCUAGCUUUUAUUUUCCUUUUCUUUUAAGUAUAGUUCUGUGGUUCAUGAAAUUUUAAGUUUACUUACUGAAACCUUAGGUCAAUAUCCAGUUCGAGUGGAGGUGAUGUAUCUGUGAAACAAUUUCCUUGUGGGUUAUGAUUGUGCUAGCUGAUUUUGAUAUCUGUACCGACUCAAUUCUCUUGGCAUGUUCCUCCAAAAGGAGGUUCUUGUUGUGAGUGCUUUUCAGUGGUUUUGAAGAAAUCCUUGUAUCCUAUUUUUGUCGCGUAGUUGCCAAAAAUGUGCCUCAAAUACUAUUUUGCAGACUGAAUUAUCUGAGUUUUUAACUUUGAUUCUUCAAUACCAUGCUUCUUUGUUAGCUUUACGAAAAUGGGAUCUGUUUUACUUGAUGAAAGAUGAGGCUAUUUGGUCUAUAAGAUUUAAAUCAACACAACCAUUCAACAAGUUUCAUUGUCAUCCUCUUUGGCUUUUUCCAUUUGUAUAUCUAUUUUGCUUUCAAGAAAUUUUGUUUUGUCAAGGAACCAGGUGUAUAUCCCUCCCAUUCCCCCUUCCUCCCGCCCCCCUUUUAUUGAUGGGUAGGUAGGGAAGUGUGUGACUGACAUGUUUUUAAUGGUGAUGGGUGGGAUUAAUGCUCUUUAUAUUAUGCUAACUGGCAUUGGUACCUUCUUUCGCCCUUUGUUUUGGCCAUCUGCUGUGGAACACCGAGGCAUAAAUAAAACCAACCUCGAAAGAUGAGAUGGAAGGCGUAUGGUUGACUUUGCUCCACCACAGCACUCAAAUGAAGCAAGAUUGGACGCAUUCACUAGAAUGUAAAAUUACCAUUAGUUCCCAGGGGCGCCUGCCUAUACUGACAAAAUCAGCAUCAGAUGCCUAACCCGGAGUUAUGCGGUAGUGUGCGUCUCAGGUGGUGUUAAUUGGUUUCCUGACCAUACAUUUGUAGCCCUUAUUUUCUUCUGGCCCAGCAUAUAUUUGUAGCUUAUCCCCUAGAAAUUAAGUCAUGAAGAUUCCUUAUUCCAGAGUGUUGUGCAUGUAUACAUGGAUUUUUGUACCAAAGGAAAUAUAUACAUGGAUUAAAAGUAAGAA